AUGAAAGUCGAAAGUUCUAUUUUGAUUGUUUGCAUCAUUGUUGGCUUGUUUAGCGAAAUCAAUGGUGCAAGUUCAAGUGUUAAGCCAACAACAAAAAAUACUCCACCGCGAACGACUCCGCGCACAAAUACUCCACCGCGAACAACUCCGCGCACAAAUACUCCACCGCGAACAACUCCGCGCACAAAUACUCCACCGCGAACAACUCCGCGCACAAAUACUCCACCGCGAACAACUCCACGCACAACACCUCGCCCACGAUAUUCAUACUGUUACACAUGCCAAUACGGUUUUUGUCCACUUCCAUUUCGACGUAACGGCGCUUAUGUGCGUGAGGCAAUUUCGCCUACUGGAUAUUGCGUGAAAAUUAGUGAUACAGCACUCACUAAUUCACCAGCACGUCGCGAUAUUGGUACAGGUUAUUGCGUGACCAGUGGAUGUGGUUGGAGAUUUGUCGAUGGAGCUAAUAAAUAUGUUUGUUGUUGUUACGGUAAUUUGUGCAAUUCGGCUCUUCCAACAUCGAAAUUAAAUAUUUUUAUUUUAUUCUUAUCAGUUUCAUUAAUCACAUUUAUUAAAAGAUAUUUUUGA